GGGGUGUCGGGCGACACCCCUACCCAACACACAGGUCCGCCCCUGGACUGGAAUCAGUUUUGGGGAAGAACAUACCUGGGGGUUGAGAGAGAUAACAGAGAACAGAGGAGCGAGCAAGCCAUCUUCGAGCUGGUUGGAUGAAUCUGAUACCGGUCGAAUCAGCUGCUAUCCGGCUAGGUUUUAUCGCCGGCGAUGGCGAACACGAUGAUGAAGGGAAAACAAGACAGAGUAGGAGAAGCAGAACAAGUGGGUCACGAUUGGAGUGAGUUGCCCGGGGAGCUGUUGGCUCUAAUCGGCCAAAGGUUAAUCAAAUUAAAGCUCGCAAUCCGUUUUCGAGCAGUCUGUACAAGAUGGAGGAGAACCCUGGCAGAGCUGCAGCCUAUGAUGUUCCGUCAAUCAUCGCCAUCACCGUUGCUGAUGUUGCCCUACUGUAACGACGACGCAGCUUGUGGUUGCCGCAGCCAGCAGCAGCAAUUAGAAGGCUGCCAAUGCCGCCUCUUUUUGGACUUGGUCCACAACCAAUAUCACCACAUCGAUUUUGUGGAAGGCUUAGAGAGAAGCAGCUGCCGUGGAUCAGCAUUCGGAUGGUUGUUUAUGCUGCAGCUGCCAGUCCCACUGUUACUGAACCCUCUCACUGGUAAGCAAAUCCAACUCCCACCCAUUACUUCUUUCUCGGAUGUCUUAGAGUAUGACCCUGAAAAACUGGGUCUUGAGUAUUUGGUUCAAGAUCCCCUCCCCGAAGGCGGCAAAAUAAGACUAGGGAAGAGGCGUUUAGGGUACAACUACAUGAGGAGAUUUGCAAUGUCCUCGGCGGACCCCACUUCGGAGGACUGCACUGUGAUGGUUAUCCGUCAGAAUAAUUAUAUGAAUUUGGCGUUCUGCAAACCCGGAGAGGAAGAGUGGGUGUUGAUUCCCAACCCCGACGGCAACCACUUGCAGAACAUUGUGUUCUGGAGAAAUCAGUUCUAUGCCAUCGAUUUGGACAGCAUAGUUCUGCGUUGUGAUUUAUCGAACCCUGCAGUCCCUACCAUGUCCGUUUUCGUUGAUGGUGUUGAUAUGCAGGCUGACACUGCCUACCUGCUUGUUGGUCCAGCCGACGAGUUGAUGAUGAUUGCCAAGUGCGUGGAGUUCGAUGGUCAGGAUGUCGAUGACCAUGGACUGCCGGUUCAUCAUGAACAUGUUGAAGAAGCUGAAGGUCAGGAUGUUGUCGAUGACCAUGGACUGCAGGUUCAUCAUGACCAUGACGAAGAAGCUGAAGAUCAGGAUGUCGAUGCGCAUGGACUGCCAGUUCCUCAUCAUCAUGAUGAAGAAGAAGAAGAAGAAGUUGACGAUCAGGCUAGUGUUUUCUGUGUUUCUGAUGUGGACACGGAUACUGAGCUGGAGUCGAGAGGAACUGCAAAUUAUAGGUCUACCUUCGAGGUUUACAAGCUCAACGAAGAUACACGUCAAUGGGGCGCGGUGCAAAGCAUUGGUGAUUUUGCUCUGCUUGUGGGUACCAAUACGCCUACCUAUCUCUCUACCAAAAAUUACCCUGGAGUUCAGUCGAAUUGCAUCUAUUUCACAGACGACGAGUUCACCGCACAUGUACGACGAAGGUUUGGAGGCCAUGAUAUGGGCGUUUAUCACCUCAGUGAUGGCACUAGGGAAUCAUUUUGCUCUACUGACUUGUACAAACCUGGUUUGAUUUGGCCACCACCCGUGUGGAUUGUACCAUCCAACUGUUAAAGCUUGGGAUCUAUGAUUACUUGGUUCGAUAAGUUAGCUUGUGUUUGUUUUCUUCUUUCUUUCUUUCUGUGACCUACCCAUGUACCUCUCUUUGUUUCCUGGACUUGUGCUUGCUGCUUUCGUUGAUUCAAUGUAUCAGUUGGAAAUCAGAAGCAAGCAAAGGCAGGCACUGUCGUUUGUUGUAUUGUAUCCUGUAGGUUUCCCUGGCAAAAUUCAGGCUUUUGGGUUGACCGUAGCCGCCAUAUCAAGCUAACUAGGCCAGCCUUCCGCAUUUGGGCCUCUUCUUGGGUUGAAAUUGGGCUUCUGUUUUUCUACGGAAGUCCGGCCCUUUGGCCGCAGGUUGCCAUUUGAAAAGUCGUCGACUCAUUUUGAAUAGUAGAGCAACAUCAAAG